AUGACCCUGAUACUGGCUCACCUGCAUAGUCACCGGUCUGAGCAGGCUGACAAUUUUCUCGCCGCCCAAUAUCUGGGCGACCGUGCGAUGAUCGAGCAGGCACAAGAAAACAUGGAGGAUCUAAACCGCCUGAACUCCGACGCCCUCAGUGCGCGAAGUGCUCAGUUGCUGAACCGGCUGCUCGCCAUCGAGGCCAAGGCAGCUGAAGGUGACCCGCAAAGCGCCAAAAGCGUAUGCGUGCAAGGGCCGGAGACUGAAGAAUCACAAUCCGAUGACUCGACUAACCGCGGUACACAUACCUAUAUUCCGUAUUUUGGGGUCAUUCAAGCUGCGAGCGAGAGUCGCACUGACGGGAUGAAUUCCCAAGCACCAUAUAAGCCAUCGGCAUAUUACCGACAGAGCCAAACCCCAGUCAGCAUACGAGGAGAGCAGAAACUAGUGACACAAACACAACCAACGUCUAUUGCAACGCCACUGUCUCCAGAUUCCUAUAAUAAUCAUUACCAGAAUGAAAUCAACAGCAACAGGACCAACGAUGAUGUCACUGCUCUCUUUGCACCGCUACUCUCGGAGGUUCUCUCAGACGAUCCCAUGCAGCAGAUUGAACACAGUGGGACUAGCGCUAGAAUUGAGGACAAUGCAUUUCAGGAUCUCGACUUGGCUUUCUUGGAUAAUUUGAUGAGAGGCACUUGA